UGCUCUGUGAUUUCCUGUCACAAGAGAUUUCCUCUCCAUGUUCCUCAAAAGACUCGUGUUCACAAAGCAGCACUGACUGAACCUUCUGAGAGUACCACCAUCAUCUAUGCUAUCAAGAAACACCACUGCCAGAGCUCAUUCUCAGACUGAACCAUCAGAACUACCCUACUAGUACAGAAGUAGAUCUUUAGCCUUCAGCCUUCAGGUGGAGAUUAUGACAUCUGAGCAGCUGUUUUGGCUCUUGUUGGUGCUGCGAUCUGUUGUCUGCAAUGACUAUCCUGAUGAUUGCCCCCUCUUGAUACAGCCUCCCAGAGUGGUGGUGAGACAUGGAGAUCCAGUAUCAGUGAACUGCACCAUUUCAGGAGAUCAUGAUGGAAUGGGCUGGGAGGCAUCAGAGGGAUCCGUUUUCUGGGAAGAACAUGUCCAGUUUGUCACCUGGCGUUUGAAGACUCUGACAGACUGGGAGAUAGGACCUUAUUGCUACGCAGACAUUCCAAUUGAUCUAGAAGAUGAUUUUCACUGUACUCGAAGCCUCAAUAUUGCAGUGUACAAGCCUCCAGACAGUGUCUCCAUCAGUGUUGUGAACCACACAGGCCCAAUGCUGGAGGGGAAACAGUACCAGCUGCAGUGUGAGGUCCAGAACAUUGCUCCUGUUCAGUACCUCACUGUGAAGUGGUACAAAGGAGAAACAUUCGAGAAUCAAACCUCCGAUGAUGAUCUCACUAAGACUCCAGUGAAUGUGUUCACUACUCUCCUGAUCUCACCCACCUGUGCUGAUGAUGGAGCACAAUACAGCUGUGUGGCAGAGCUGGAACUGGGACCUGAAGGACCACAACCUUCACCUGAAGUGAAAUCUGAUCCCCUCAACAUCACUGUGUUCUAUAAACCCAGGAUCACUGAGUGGCUGGAGAAACCGAGGGAAGGUGAAACUCCGGAUAAUUUGGUCUCCUGUAGAGCUGAGGGGAACCCUCUGGUCACUAAGGGCCUGACACAACUUUUUCUUCUGGCAACCAUGUUAUCAUUUUUUAUUUGCUACUAGCUCUGUUCAUAAUGUUAUAAUAGCCAUUGUGCAAAUACAGUGCUUGAUGCAUUUACAUGAAAAAGCCAAUUACUGUGUCAGUCAACAUUUCUUCUUGAUUUUUACAAAUAAUUCAAUGGAAUAAUAUAUUUCUUUUUCUCAUGAACAUAGUUCAGUAAUCUCCAAGUCUAACUUGAGAAACUAACUAGAAUUAAAAAAAAUUCUAAUUUGAGAAUAAAAAGUGUUGUAUUCAAUUGAAGGUUAAGGACAAAUGUUAAUUGACUACAGGUCAGUGGAAUCUACAUUCAUAGGAAUUAUAUCAAAAUGAUAAUGCUACAGGUGUCAUUCAGUCAUUAAAGUGUCUUGAUUUUAUCUUGACUGUCUUUGCAUUUCAUUUGUGGAAAAUGUUCUGUUCAUUUGCAGUGAGAUAUUGAAGCAUCAUCAUCUCUUGAAUGUUACAUCUGUAUUGGGUAACCUGUGUAGGAAUUGCAGCCCUUUGCAUAUAGUUCCCUAAUUUUUGGGGACCAUGAGAUCAUGAUAGAAUCAGCUGGGAGGAAUCCGAGGGAUCUGUUGACUGGACAGAAUGCGUCCAGUUUAUCAUCUGGGGUUUGCAGACCCUGACAGACUGGGGGAUAAGACCUGAACGCUAUGCAGACGUUCUGACCCAAGCAGGACAUCAUUUUCAGUGUGCUGAAAAGCUCAGUAUUACAGUGUACAAGCCUCCAGACAGUGUCUCCAUCAGUGUUGUGAACCACACAGGCCCAAUGCUGGAGGGGAAACAGUACCAGCUGCAGUGUGAGCUCCAGAACAUCGCUCCUGUUCAGUACCUCACUGUGAAGUGGGAAACAUUAGAGAAUCAAACCUCCUAUGAUGAUCUCACUAAGACUCCAGUCUACCCUCCUGAUCACACCCACCUGUGCUGAUGAUGGAGCACAGUACAGCUGUGUCGCAGAGUUGGAACUGUCUGUACCAUCACAAUCACUGUGACUCUGAUAAACCCAGGAUCACACAGUAUGGGAAGCUGAGGGAAGGUGAAACUCUGGAUACUUUGAUCUCCUUUAGAGCUGAGGGGAACCCCUCUCCCAUGGUCACAUGGUACAGGGACCAAUCAGAGUUCAGCAGUUCCACACCACUGACCAGGAGAGAUGGAGGGCAGUACACCCUCAUAGCCAAGAACAGUUAUGGAGCAGCCAAUCACACCCUGCAGAUUGAAGUUCUCUAUCCACCAACAUUUGAGCUGGAGAGGGAGGAGGUGAAUGUAACCCAGGGAGAGGAGGUGAUUCUGGAGUGUCUGGCUGAGGGAAAUCCCACUCCUGAACUCACCUGGAACACGACUGCUGCUGAGAAUCCACAUGUGUCCACCAGAGGGCGACAGAGUAAUGCCACCGUCAGCAUCAGCAGAGCAACAUUAGCCAACGCUGGUGUCUACACCUGCUAUGCAACAAAUAACCUGGGCACGGCCUCCAAGACUGUCACCGUCACUGUGAGGGAAACGGAUGCUACACAAUGGGGCUACAUCUCUGAUUUGAUUGUUUUGAUUGGGGCAGCGUUUAUACUGGGGCUGCUGGUACUCUGGCUUAGAUCACAUAUGAAACGCCAUGGGCUAUAUAACAUCACAUCAGUAUGCUCUGCUGGGAGGAGGGAUCAAGUAGACAUACCACUGGAGCCAUGCAAUGUUAAUGGGAGCAGCUCCUGCACCUAGAGCACUGUGGAGCCCCAGACCAGCCAUUGGCACACUGAAUUGAGGGAUAGAGCCAGUAAGUAGAGCACUAUACUGAGGGAAGGAGCCAUUGAUUGGAGCAAUGAACUGAGAGGUGGAGCCAAUGAACUGAGGGGUGGAGGAGCCAAUGGAAUCUUGACUUAUGGAUGGAGCCAGCCAAUGGAGUCCUGGAUAGGCAGAACUCUCUCAGUAGAUUCCAGAGUGUAAAAAACUGACAGGAACUCUAAACCACACGAGGCAUGAAGCAGGCAUGGGGCGAAAAUAAGCACAAGGCUUAGGACACAGUGAAGAAAAGGGAACACAAGGGCUAUAUACUGCAUACCAGAAACACAAAGGGCAGUGUAACAUAACUAACAAGACACAGGUGAAACCAUGUAAACUAAACUAACAAACAAGUCAACUAAGUGAAACAGUAGGGGACAGUUUCACAGAAACAAAUUAAGCCUACUCGUAGACUAAAUUCAAUUUUGAAUGGAGAGUCCCAUCUGUGAAACUGCCUCUCAAUUUAUUACCAGCUGUCUCUCUCUGAACUGACAGUUAUUUGGCCUUUCCCAUGCUGAGUCAAACAGGAAGUGACAGAAUGACACAAUAUAGUUACAGAAUGAAGCUAAAUUGUAUUGCCAAUUUCACUUUGUUUGAUUUUAUUUUACUUAGAACUGUGUUAGUUUCAUAAUCUAGUAUGAUAUAUUUGAUAAAACUGUUCUUUCACUCCAGGUUGAACUGCUUUAUGUAGCUCACUGACUUGCUUGCCUUUACCAUUCUUCACAAAAUGUCUGCUUCCAAUGCCACAACUUCUUUCUCUUCUGGCAGCCAUGUUGUACGUAAUUAAAUGUAACUCGCUCGCUCCCUGUGUUUUAAAUAAGUGAAUACAAUACUUGAUUAAAUUGCUUCAUUAUUUAAAAUAUAAAAUGGCAAUGGCUGGUAGUUGUUGAAGUUUGAUCAAAAUGCUCUUAUUGAAAACCAGGAAUGUUUAGAAUAAUGAUGAAGUUUGAUUUAAAUGCUUUUAUUAAAACUGCGAAAUGGUUAGAAUUGAGAAUAAGUGAAUCAGUCAGCCUGAGCAAUUAGAACUGUAUGUCUGUUCAAACACAUUGAGCUGCAAAGUACAGUGCAGAGAACACUUAAUCAGGUGUUUAAAAAGCCAUGGUUUUGACUAAGUGAUGCCGGUCAAGCAAUAUGUGUCUUUGCAGAGAAAUGUUUUGAGUUAGUGAUCACCACCCCAAUUUGCCUGCAUCAUUAUAGAGGCGAAAGGUUAACACAGCUCAGCUUUCAUGGAGUGACAGAAAACAUUAAGGGACGAGGAGGAAAAGCGACAAAAAAAUAUUUCCUCAACAUUUGGUGCCGAAACCCGGGAUCCAAUCUUCUGAAGUGGGACUGCUGACGGCUGAUGGGACACAGUGUUCUUCCCUGAAUAGGACCAGUGCACAACUAAGAUACAGUUUUUGGGGAAAAGCAAAUACAACGAAGAAAGGUUGAUCUUGUGAUGUUGAUGGGCUGCUCAGAAAUGUCGGAUAAGAUUGUGACCCCCCUGGACUAUAUGUCCAAACAUUUUGAAACUGAAUAUAACAAAACAAUGUCUACUUGGAAAAAAUGGACGGAGGGUUGCAACAAUGUGUGGCCAGAUAAGACUGGAACAUUUAAACCUGAUUGCUUGAAGAGCGUUGAGGCUGUGUUGAUCGAGAAGGAAAAUAAACCAGGCUGGGGGAACAAAAAUGAGUUGAAAAUGUACCGACAACAUUUUAAGCAAUGGAGAGCUGAGUCGCAGAGGCGUCAGAACAGGCUUGGCGGAGGGACUGAAGCUACCAGGAAGAAGCAGAGAGGGGUGCCCGCGAAGGUGGAGCUUCUCUGUGAUGCAAAACCAAGCGGCCCUGCCCGUCUUGGGAGACCACCACCUUAUGCUGGAGCUCCCCCUACUGGAAGAUUGUAUCCUGACAAUGAGGGAGUCCAAAUGAUGAUGGAAGGAGACCUGCAGGUGGAAGGAUGACUCAGUGUGAAGGGACUUAUCAGGCCAGCUGAGCACCUCCUGUCCUCCCCACCAGAGGGACACCAGAAGCCCUUCCAGAAUUCAACAUCCCUCCAUGCAAAGUGCCUGUUCAUUACAGAGUGAUGACCUACGCGACAGCCAGCUGUUUGGAGAAGGAUCCAUGGCCCAUCAGGAACCUUGCAGAAGCAAGAGCGCCCACUAAAGGCCGGAACUGGAAAAUAUACUUUUAUCCUAUUGUACCAGACCCAUCAACAAUACUCACAAAAAUCCAACCUUCAACAACCCAUUACACUGUCAUAGACUUGUGCUCAUCAUUUUUCUCCAUCCCCUUACAUGAAUAAUGCCAAGCCCUUUUUGCCUUCACCUACAGAAGGCAGCAAUACACGUAAUCCAGGCUGCCACAAGGAUACGUGGAAUCACCAAGUGUGUUCAACCGAAUUGUCCGACAAGAUCUCUCCGAUUUCGCUCCGUCCGAUGGGAGCACACUCAUUCAGUAUGUAGAUGAUCUCCUACUCUGCAGCCCAUCCAAAGAAGCAUGCGAGCAAGACAGCAGAGCUCUCCUUACAUGUGUCACACGCUGUGGACUCCAUGCUGUCCAGAGGAAAAUCUGCUCUAACCCACCGAAGAGUUUCUGGCUACAAAGUUUUGUUGACCCAACCACACAUCACGAUCACUCCCUGGUUGUCAACCCAGCCACUCUCAUGACCACUCCCCUCGAUGGAGAACCACACAACUGCAAAGCCACAGUUGAAGAGGACUCAAGCCCUAGACCUGAUCUGUUUACAAACCUCCUCAGUACCCCAGACAUGACUUUGUUUGUUGACGGCUCAUCAUUUAUUGACCCCAGUGGCUGUAGGAAGUCAGGAUGUGCCAUUGUCACUCAACACGCCGCUUUUACUUACCACACUGUAAUGGAAUCAGCUCUAGCUCCAGGAACUAGUGCCCAGCAGGCAGAGAUAGUAGCACUGGCUAGAGCCUGCCAGUUGGCAGAAAGGAAGUCCGUCAACAUCUAUAGUGACUCGGCCUAUGCUUGCGGGGUGGUAUAUUCUUGGAGGGCCACUUGGGCCAGUCGUGGGUUUUUAACAGCUACUGGUACACCGGUGAAAAAUAAAAAAGAGAUCUCUGCCUUACUCAAGCCAAUUAAACUACCAUCAAAGCUAGCCUUGAUCAAAUGUGCAGCACACACAAAAAAAACAAGACCCUGUUGCCCAGGGCAAUGCGCACGCGGAUUCUGCAGCUAAAAGAGCUGCUGACCUACCAUCUUGGCCUGCUAAUCAGGCCCCUGCAAUUGAAAUACAAGAAUUUACUUUGCAAGAACUUCUGGAGGUUCAGCAGACUGCCUCCACAACUGAGCAAGAACUCUGGAAAUUCAGAGGUUGCUCUAAGGAUCCCGUUACUGACAUAUGGCGCCACAAGUACAUGGCAAAGUACCCCAAACUCCCUGUUGCAACUCCUAUGCAGAUUGGCUCAUGGUGUGUGCCGCUCUGCAUGGGGGGGGGGAUUAUCCGGAACAUUAAAACAUUAAAACGUGAAAAAUAUUCAAGCAGAAGUGGAAACACCCCAGACAAGUGGGGCCCUAUCAGGUGAUAUUUUCCACACCCACAGCAGUUAAAGUCAGGGAAAUCACACCAUGGAUACACUUAACCCAUUGCUUCAGACCCAACCAACCACGAUCAGAACUCUAAAAUGGGGUUUUGGGAUAGGACAUCUUGGAUUACUUACACUAAUAUUCUUUGCCUUUGUUAGGGAAAAUGCCCUCUUUAACAUUUCACAUAUGAGCAUUGGCUGAUGAAACAGAUCCACAGUAAAACAAUGAUAGCUAUACUUGAGUUUAACUUUCGUAUUUAUUUGCUAAGAAAUAACACAAAGUGAGAAAGCUUACCAGCUAUCUGAUUUGAAUCAGACAUAGGCCCUUGAGCAAGGCCCUUAACCCUGCAUUGCUCCAGGGGAGGGUUGUCUCCUGCUUAGUCUAAUCAACUGUACGUCGCUCUGGAUAAGAGUGUCUGCCAAAUGGCAUUAAUGUAAUGUAAUGUAACAUGAAGCUGGCCACUAACAUUUAUCAGUAUUUUGUCUUCUGAUUACCCCUUGUUGACCUUGCUGUAAGACCGGAAUGUGCUAGCUACCCCUCAGCAGAGACAUUAAGGUCAAAGGAUGUCUGUCUGCUGGGAGAGAGAAAGACUCCUAGUAAGCACUUAAUUCAGAAAGUGGUCUAAUAGUAAAAGGGAUUAAAAAUAAUCAUGUCAUUGUCUUUAUGUUAACACACAUUGUCAAUUAAGAAUCAAUUAAGAAAAUGACACCAGGAAAAUGGGACAGCAAAGGGAUCUGGGAUCAACACAGACUGGGAUCCCUUAGAUUUUCAAAAAAAAAAUGGUUUGGUAGUGUAGGCCCUAGGUUAGGGAGUUUAAUAGCACCAGUCUUAGUGAUACUCACAAUUUUAUUUUGCAUAAUGCCUUGUGUCCUGAGCUGUUUGAAGAACAUGUUCCAAAGGAUGUUUCAAACCUAGGAAAGUGAAUCCCGAUUCUUGUGACGACAGACAUUAUUAAUAAUUUUAUAUAUAAAUAAUCUGUAGCCUCAAAUAAAAUAAUAUAAUAAUGCUAUAAUUAUCGAUAACACUGAUCCUGAAAAUCCAAGUGAAUGUGACGAUGAUAAAAGGCACUGCUUCAAUUAUGAUUAUGAGUAAGUAUUGUCAUAAAACACAAAACCACACAAACAUGUGAUGCAGCACAUAGAGACACAUGGACGAUGUGGACUAAAACACAGGAUGGGAAACAACCUCCUGACAUUUGAAGGCCUUUGAUAGAUUAGAUGCACUGACACAUAGAGGUAUCAAUAAAUAAAUAGGCCUGAUUGCAAUGGCUGAGUGAUGUGCUAGUAACUUCUCCUCAGGCCAACAAUCCAACUGAUGCCAACGGAUUUGAAGAUCACAGUACAAGAACUGAUGUUAUUCUCAUAUUUCACUUAUGCUUAUUUAAAAACUAUGAUUGAUAUAUAAAAUUAUUAAUGUAAUUGAUAGAUGAAAUGAUUGAUGGUAAUGAAUUUGGGGAUGCUAAAAUAAUUAAUAAAAGAGUGAUAACGUUAAAGUUAACUCUCAAGAAUGAGAGACCUAGUGGUCUCAAAGGGGGAAUGUUGAAGUUUGAUCAAAAUGCUCUUAUUGAAAACCAGGAAUGUUUAGAGUAAUGAUGAAGUUUGAUUUAAAUGCUUUUAUGAAAACUGCGAAAUGGUUAGAAUUGAGAAUAAGUGAAUCAGUCAGCAUGAGCCAUUAGAACUGUAUGUCUGUUCAAACACAUUGAGCUGCAAAGUACAGUGCAGAGAACACUUAAUCAGGUGUUUAAAAAGCCAUGGCAUUGGAUACGACCUGUUUUGACUAAGUGAUGCCGGUCAAGCUAUAUGUGUCUUUGCAGAGAAAUGUUUUGAGUUAGUGAUCACCACCCCAAUUUGCCUGCAUCAUUAUAGAGGCGAAAGGUUAACACAGCUCAGCUUUCAUUGAGUGACAGAAAAUAUUAAGGUGGGUUAAGAGAGACAAUGUGAUGUUAUAUGACAAUUGAUUGGUUAGCUAUAAUGUAUAAAGACUAGGAUACUUCCUACUGUUACUUUGGAAUUCUCUGGUCUCUGGAAGCUUCCUGCACAGAGCACACAGACUCCCAAGAUUAAUCUGUUUUAUUUUAAACUAAAGAUUUGUAAUGAGCAACUGCUGACUCUGAAUAUUUCUUCAACAUCAUUGCUGCCAAUACAACUCACAUAAAAGGUACGAGGAGGAAAAGCGACAAAAAAAUAUUUCCUCAACAUUUGGUGCCGAAACCCGGGAUCCAAUCUUCUGAAGCGGGACUGCUGACGGCUGAUGGUGACACAGUGUUCUUCCCUGAAUAGGACCAGUGCACAACUAAGAUACAGAUCCUGAUGAUUGCCCCCUCUUGAUCCAGCCUCCCAGAGUGGUGGUGAGACAUGGAGAUCCAGUAUCAGUGAACUGCACCGUUUCAGGAGAUCAUGAUGGAAUCGGCUGGGAGGCAUCAGAGGGAUCUGUUGACAGGACAGAAGGCGUCCAGUUUGUCACCUGGGAUUUGGAGACCCUGACAGACUGGGAUAUACGACCUAAAUGCUACGCAGACAUUCCAAUUGAUCGAGAAGAUGAUUUUUCCUGUACUCGAAGCCUCAAUAUUGCAGUGUACAGUAGUUCUCUCCUCCGCAUAGAGCUGAACUGGAGUCCCCUUAUAUACAGUAUAUUAUUUAAUUAUGAAUAUAAAUAGCUACUGUAUUCGAAGCAAACAUUGUUAUCUCUUCUGCAGAACCUCCAGACAGUGUCUCCAUCAGUGUUGUGAACCACACAGGCCCAAUGCUGGAGGGGAAACAGUACCAGCUGCAGUGUGAGGUCCAGAACAUUGCUCCUGUUCAGUACCUCACUGUGACGUGGUACAAAGGAGAAACAUUCGAGAAUCAAACCUCCUAUGAUGAUCUCACUAAGACUCCAGUGAAUGUGUCCUCUACCCUCCUGAUCACACCCACCUGUGCUGAUGAUGGAGCACAGUACAGCUGUGUGGCAGUGCUGGAACUGGGACCUGAAGGACCACAACCUUCACCUGAAGUGAAAUCUGAUCCCCUCAACAUCACUGUGCUCUAUAAACCCAGGAUCACUGAGUGGCUGGAGAAACCGAGGGAAGGUGAAACUCCGGAUAAUUUGGUCUCCUGUAGAGCUGAGGGGAACCCUCUGGUCACUAAGGGCCUGACACAACUUUUUCUUCUGGCAACCAUGUUAUCAUUUUUUAUUUGCUACUAGCUCUGUUCAUAAUGUUAUAAUAGCCUUUGUGCAAAUACAGUGCUUGAUGCAUUUACAUGAAAAAGCCAAUUACUGUGUCAGUCAACAUUUCUUCUUGAUUUUUACAAAUAAUUGAAUGGAAUAAUAAAAAAAAUUUCUUCUCAUGAACAUAGUUCAGUAAUCACCAAGUCUAACUAGUCUAAACUAACUAGAAUUUAAAAAAUUGUAACUUGAGAAUAAAAAGUGUUGUAUUCAAUUGAAGGUUAAGGACAAAUGUUAAUUGACUACAGGUCAGUGUAAUCUGCAUGCAUAGGAAUUAUAUCAAAAUGAUAAUGCUACAGGUGUCAUUCAGUCAUUAAAGUGUCUUGAUUUUA